UUCCCCCAUCCGCCGAGCCUUCCCGUCGAGCAGCGGGGCCGAGCUGGGGGGGAAUCCGGGGAAAGGCAGCCGCGGCGCCGCGCACCGGCCGACGGACGCCCCGCCGCGACGCGCCAACAACAUGCUCACGCGGGUCAAGUCCGCGGUGGCCGGGUUCAUGGGUGGAAUCAUGGCCGGGGGCAGCUCCGGGGGAAGCGGGAAUCCCGGGAGCGAGAUGCCGCUGAAAUUCCCUUAUAUGAGACCCGAUUUCCUCGGACUGUCCCCGGAUGAGAUCGAGUGCUCUGCGGAUCACAUCGCUCGGCCCAUCCUCAUCUUGAAGGAAACCAGGAGAUUACCGUGGGCCACCGGAUAUGCUGAGGUGAUCAAUGCCGGUAAGAGCGCGCUGAACGAAGACCAGGCCUGCUGCGAGGUGGUCGUGGCGAGAAGGAGACCGAUGAGCUACUGCCCCCCCUCCACUCCCAGCAAGACCCCCACGGCGAAGAGGCGCAACUCGUUGCCCAAUGGCGAGGGCGUGGGGCUCCGGGUGGAGCACAGCAAACUGGGAGAGGACAGCGAAGGCCUCGUCUUCCACUACUGGGCCUUGUUCGACGGCCACGCCGGCUCGGGCGCCGCCGUCGUCGCCGCCCGCCUGCUGCAGCACCACAUCGCCUGCCAGCUCCAGGCCGUCAUCGAGAUCCUACGCAACCUGGCCUCCCUGCCCCCCACCGUCAUGGGGGAGGAGCCGGACGUGAACCCCUACCUGCAGGGGAGCACGCCGGGCCCGCACCGCGCCCUGACCCGGGCCGCCUCCCUCCGGGGGUCGGCGGGCACGCCGGGCUCGCCGUGCAGCACGCCGCCGCCGCCGCGCUUCUUCACCGAGAAGAAGAUCCAGCACGAGAGCCUGGUGGUGGGGGCCAUCGAGAACGCCUUCAAGGAGAUGGACGCCCAGAUCGAGAAGGAGAAGCAGGUUUACAACAUCACGGGAGGAUGCACGGCCCUCACCGUCGUUUACCUGCUCGGGAAGCUGUACGUCGGGAACGCAGGCGACAGCAGGGCUAUCAUUAUCCGGAACAAUGAGAUAAUUCCCAUGUCGACGGAGUUCACACCGGAGUCAGAGCGGCAGCGGCUGCAGUUCCUGGGCUUCAUGCAGCCUCACCUGUUAGGAAAUGAGUUCACGCACCUGGAGUUCCCCCGGCGAGUCCAGAGGAAGGAGGUGGGCAAGAGGAUGCUCUACCGAGACUUCACCAUGAACGGAUGGGCUUACAAGACCGUCGAGGAUGAAGAUCUCAAGUUCCCACUUAUAUACGGCGAAGGCAAAAAGGCGCGGGUGUUAGCCACCAUCGGAGUGACCCGCGGGCUCGGCGACCACGACCUCAAAGUCCACGACUCAAACAUCUACAUCAAGCCGUUCCUGUCCUGCUGCCCGGAGGUGAAGGUGUACAACCUGACGCACUACGAGCACGGCGCCGACGACGUGCUGGUGAUGGGCACCGACGGCCUCUGGGACGUCCUCUCCAACCAGGAGGUGGCCGAGGUGGUCACCACCUUCCUGGCCAACUGUGACCCCGACGACCUGCACAGGUACACGAUGGCGGCCCAGGACCUGGUGAUGCGGGCGCGCGGCGUGCUGCGGGACCGAGGCUGGAGGAUCACCAACGAGCGCCUGGGCUCCGGAGACGACAUCUCCGUCUUCAUCAUCCCGCUGAUGUACGGCAACCGGCAGCCCUGAGGGGCCGGACGGGGCCGGCGGACCGGGGCGGGGCGGGGCGGGACGAGUCCUGAAACCGCUUCUCCGUUCCCUCCGUUUAUUUGGCUCGAUUUUCAAGCGGAACGCAGAUUUUCGGGCGCUUCGUUUCUCAGCAGGAGUUCAGGAGGGGUCAGCUCAGGGGAGCCGGCACGCUUUGUCUCUUCAUGCUCACUGAAGUCAGCGAGAGAGAGGGGGGGGAGAGAAAAAAAAAAAAAAGCACUUAUUGGACAUUUUAACCGACUGUGUGUCAUGAGUCCACGCUGUCAGGAAAUAAUUUGGCUGGGUAAAAUAAAUCGGCUUUGCAUUUUAAUGUGACAGCAGCUCCACAGGGCGAAGGAGGCGGCUGCUCCUGAACUCCGUCUGAGACGUGAAAGCCGGAAAAGGCUUUUCCAAAGUGAAGAAAAGAUCCCUUCUUCUCCCUCUUUCCCUUCGCCUCCGUCCUCGCCGGUUCCCCUCCAUCUCUCUUAAACUCCUCUUCUCUUGUUCUGUACAGUCGACUUGUUUAUUGAAGAAAAAAAAAAAAAUAGAAAAAUACCUCCUCCAUCUGGUGAAGAAGGGCCAAGCUGACCGGUCAGCUGCUUUUUUCCGUUUCGCCACAGUGUGGCUUCGAAGGAUUCGCUUGCGGACAGUUCUGCAGACAGACGAGCAGAGAAGAGACGAGCUGGAGUCAAACUCGCCACCGUGACACAGGAAGGGAGAAAAACGAGAAUAUUCCCUGUAGCAGGGAGGAUUUAAUCAAAUUUUAAAGAUGUGUUUGAAAACGAUCCAAGUUUAACUAAAUUAGAAACAAACAAAAAAAAAAAAAGCUUUGACACAUUUAGAAGCUUAAAGACGGUACGAUCUGAAGAGGAAGUGGUCAGGGAGGCGCGGGCCCUGGACUCAACAGUUGCAAUGCUUCUUUCUGCUCUACAUGGACCGAAUCUGUAUUUAUGUAAAGUACCGAGUGACAAAUGUGAUUUGUUUGUAAAAGUGCAAAAAAAAAAACAAAAAAAAAACCCAUACAUAUAUCGACGAGGUUGUUCUUCCCUUUAGGCGUCAUUAGCAUCGGAGCUGGAGGAUCAGGAAGGAAGGGGCCGCUGCGUUUCAAUGCUAAUGGCCAUACGAGAAACCAAAACCGUGUGCCGUUUGUUUUUUUUGCACGUUUCUGAGCGGAAGAGGACUUUGAGAGUUUGGAAGAGAAAACUGUAGCGGCUUAAAUUGCAUGCUUCGAAGAAAAACUGAAGACUUGAAGAAAAAACAGAAACUGUAAUUUCUAUUUUUUUUUUUUUUCUGAUGGAAAGUUUGGAGUUGUUGGUUUGCUGACGAUAUGAUCAACGGCGUUUACCAUACAUUCAGUUCAUCUGUUUCCCAGAAUAACAGACUUAAAAAAAAACUUAAAAUACUUCCAGCAGCCAAUGUUUGUCCAUUAAAUAUGAAGCUCUAGCAAUCAGCAGCACGGCGACGUUUCAAGUGAAACUGUUUUGUUUGUGUUUUAUUCCUCUUGUACAUUCCAUAAAACAACGAUUCAGUUCUUAAAUCAUGAAUUGUACGUCGACGAAAAUAUUUAUUUCCGUCCUUGCGUCAGAUGCAGCGUAGCAGAUCGUUUUUCAAGCUCUAUUUAAUAAUUUAUGACGAGAUUUAUUUAUUUUUUGGUUCAUGCUUUACGUCGUCGUUUCAGGUUUUUCUGGUGCCACCCAUACGUUACACGUCAAAGGGCGUCGGUCCAGUGUUGAAUGUGCAUCCUUCUACCUGUCAUCAACAAGCCUUUUUUUCUCUUAGAUGAAUGUGAAAAAAAAAAAAGAAGAAGAAAAGAUUCUAUCAUUUCCUCAUCCUAUCGUGCCACCCGACUGCUGCACAUCGACUCAGGUUCAACCACCCGUUACCGGCUGAUGGUCAGAAAGGACUGGAGUGUCCAGGAAGCUCUCAGACUUUUUGCUUUGUCCCUUCAGUCCGACCGUAGAUCUCUUUCCGGAGUUGCUGUAUCGUGAAUGUUGUCAUUGCUGUUGUUUUUUUUUCUACCUUCGACUGUAAGGUUGGGAAAAUGGGAGGUGAUGAACAGUUUGGAUUUUUUUCUUCUCUGUAGCAAAAAAGGGGGGCGGUGUGGGGAGAGUUGGAAGCUCAGUGGGAAAAGCGUUUUUAAGUGACCAUUGUGCUACCCUCAAUCUCUCCGUUUGUGAAUGUGAACCGUACAUUUUAUAUACCGAGU